GCGCGAUAUUCUAAAACGUAACACGUGGUGGUGACGUGCGGCAGACAUGGCGGAUCAAGGCGAAACAAGUUUACGUGAAGAGAUAAACACAGAAACAGCAGAAGAUGAAACAACACAGAGUGAAAUGAAUGAAGACGCACUGACAGAAGAGACACAGAAGACUUUUAAAGAUCUGGGUGUCACUGAAGUUCUUUGUGAAGCUUGUGAUCAACUGGGAUGGAAGAAACCAACAAAGAUCCAGGUGGAGGCGAUUCCUGUAGCUCUAGAGGGUCGUGAUGUCAUCGGUUUAGCAGAGACGGGUUCGGGGAAGACUGGAGCGUUUGCUCUUCCUAUCCUGCAGUCUCUCCUGACGUCUGCGCAGCGGCUGCACUCGCUCAUACUGACACCCACACGAGAACUCGCCUUUCAGAUCUCAGAACAGUUUGAGGCUUUGGGCUCCAGUAUUGGGGUUAAGACAGCUGUUGUUGUUGGAGGAAUUGAUAUGAUGUCUCAGUCGCUUGUACUUGCUAAGAAACCUCACAUCAUCAUUGCAACUCCAGGCCGCUUGAUAGAUCAUCUAGAAAAUACCAAAGGCUUUAACCUGCGAGCGCUGAAGUACCUGGUGAUGGAUGAAGCCGACCGCAUUCUCAACAUGGACUUUGAGUCUGAGGUGGACAAGAUUCUGAAAGUGAUUCCUCGAGAGAGACGAACUUUCCUGUUUUCAGCAACAAUGACGAAGAAGGUGCAGAAACUCCAGCGGGCGGCGCUACGAGAUCCUGUCAAAUGUGCCGUUUCCACCAAAUACGCCACCGUAGACAAACUGCAGCAGUAUUACAUAUUCAUCCCAUCCAAAUAUAAGGAUUGUUAUCUGGUUUCUAUCUUGAAUGAACUGGCUGGAAAUUCCUUCAUGGUUUUCUGCAGCACGUGUAAUAACACUCAACGGGUGGCGCUGUUGCUCAGAAACCUUGGCAUCACAGCAAUUCCUCUUCACGGACAGAUGAGUCAGAACAAACGUCUGGGAGCUCUAAACAAGUUCAAGUCUAAGUCUCGUUCAGUGCUGCUGGCCACUGAUGUGGCGUCUCGUGGGCUGGAUAUACCACAUGUGGACUGUGUCAUAAACUUUGACAUCCCAACACACUCAAAGGAUUACAUUCAUCGUGUGGGCCGCACUGCGAGAGCAGGGAGAUCGGGAAAAUCCAUCACAUUUGUCACACAAUAUGAUGUUGAGCUCUUCCAGCGAAUAGAAACAUUGAUUGGGAAGAAACUUCCCGCCUUUCCGACUCAGGAAGAGGAAGUCAUGAUGCUGAUGGAGCGAGUGAGCGAAGCUCAGAGAUUUGCAAGAAUCGAGAUGAAGGAAAAUGGAGAGAAGAGAAAAAGAGCUCAACCUAGAGAAGAAGCGGCUGAUGAUGAAGAGCAGUCUUCUGGGGUUAGGAAAAAAGUCAGGGGUGGAUCGUUUCGAGGAGGGAGGGGCGGCACCUCCAAACGUGGCCGCUGACUGUCUGUUGCAUGUCUUGUGUAUAAUAAAUCAACUUUUUCACAAAA